AGUUAGGACAUUAUGAGUUCUAUGUCGCCGUAGUCGCACUUCUUAAGAUGCAAAACUAGUCAUUUAAAGGUGUAACACUUUUUCUAAUCCUUAUUCAUCCUCAAAAGUGGGACGCGAUUCAAAAUGAAGAGAAGUUUCAAGAUAGCGGAUUUGUUAGUUCUCCUCAUCGUUGCACUUUCAUAUGAUGCUGGAGUUGUGUAUAGGGUUGGUGGGGCGAUAUGCUCUUCUUUCACGGGCACAAACCAAUGCAACUUUGGACCGGACAAUGGGUGUUUCCAAUUGUGCACCAUAGCACUGAAGAGACCCAUUGUGGAUGCAAAUUGUGCGGAGAUUAUUUUUUUCACGCCUAAUUUACUGGGAACCAUUAACCUAAUUCUAAUAAUCCAUCAACUGGUUCCAGUUCUCGAUCUACGUCCCGCAUCUACCUCUUCGUUCCUCAAUCAUCGAUCUGUGCUCGCCGUCGUUCAUCUUCCUCUUAUGCCUAUUGUCUUCGUUGAAGCUUUAAUUGUUUGAGUGGGUUGGAGUGAAUCUGCAGGUGUGGGUAUAGGUUCUGGAGAGGUUGCAACAUUAGAUGGAAAGAAGGGCUCUAAGGUUGGUCCAUUAGGGCUGUUUGGCCAGGGAGGGGGUGGAAAAUGCACUCCAUGUGGGCUACUGAAUUGUCUUCUAAAAGCUAACUUGCUUAGACUACAACUUUUUGAGACAAUAUUUGGACUCGGACUUAUCAAUAGGGGUUACAAGCAAGUCAUCAGCCCACUGUUUGAAAGUUUUCUUUAUCUUUUUAUUCUUUUAGAAAAUUUUAUGUGUGUGUGUGUUUAAUAUCUGCAGGCUACUGGUUUGUGCAAGAAUAAUGCAGAACAUAAUCUGUUAAACACAGUACUACGUGAAAAGCACGAAAAAUCUAUACUUAUGCAAACAAAGAUAAUAAUACAAGAAAAAAUGGUAAAUCUUUCUUGUAAAUUGAAGUCAGGUCUAUGUAUAAGAUAGCAGAGCGAAGCUAAAUUGAUUUGGCAUGGCAUGAGUUACUUGGCGGGGCUUGUGGGAAUUUGAUGAAGACACUAUUAUUGGAGAACAUAGCAUGGAACAAUAUAAUGACUCUAUUGCAUUCCUUUUUAAUUUGUUUUGAGCUCAUUAUUAGAGGAUCAAUUGAUGUUGGAACUCACUAUUUGGUUUGACACUAGAUUUUUGAGACUGGCUAUGGAAUUAUAAUU